AAUGGGCACUGGUGAAGGGAUGGGUUCCUGAACUUUGUAUGAGGGAAGCAUAAGCACAAAAGUGUAUAAAUCUGUAACUGUACCCUCAUGGUGAUUCACUAAUUAAAAAUAAAUAAAUUUAAAAAAAGAUUCUAUAAGUCUAGAGAGAAAUAAAACUUCCAGAAGUGAAAAAAAUAAAAGGUAUUGUUUAGUAAAAACCAAAUUGUAGGUUCCUCCUCCAGUUUUUCAAGAUUUUCAUUUUGGGUCAUGCAAAUCAUCACCCUCCUCCACAUUCUCAAAGUGAGAGUCCUCUUGUCAGAUUUCUCCUUCUCAUGCUAUGUUUGUAUGAUUUUCUUUAUUAAUAAUUAAAUAUUUUCUUUCAUAAUUCAACCUGUAUUUAUUGUUAUUUGAUUAUGUUUGCAAAAUUUUAUGAAAAUCCCGCUUUCCAACUUCCCACCAAUAUCAGGCAAUUUAUAAUAAAGUGACAAUUCAUUUUCAUCCUGAAUUGGUUUUACAUCCUGUUGCAUGAAUAUUCUUUCAGUCAGAGGCACGGAGAUAAAACACUCGAGAGAAAUGUGAAGAGCACGGAGGGCCAAGGCUCAUUCUGGCUCAAGGCAAAGAGCGACUACCAGAGGCCUCCUUUUAUUCUAUUUUUUAUCAGUUACAUCCUAAUGACUUCAUCACAGAGAAAGAUUCACUAACGAGAGUACAGACAGUUAUAAGAUGAGCAUUCGUCAAAGGAGCAUCAGGGUAUACAUUGUCUUGUCAAAGCUAUGUUGUUAUGAUUAAAAUAAUCAGAGAAAGGUAUGGAACUGAACAUGUAGGCAUUACAGAUUAUGUCUCCCAAAUUCUUGUGGUUGGUUACACAUAGGGCAAAGAGAAGGCUCAUACUGAUACUUGAAAGUCAAUCCAGAUUAAGGACGUGUAAGAGAGGAGGAAACUGCUGCCUUGUACUGCCAAAAUAGUGUAUGAAUAGGAGAGUGUAUGAGAGCAUGCUGUACUCCUCCAGGUCAUCAGACUCGCAAGUUUUUAGCUUGCCCACUAGUGAGAGUGGGGCCUCGGUUCUGCUUCCUCCUUGCAGGGCAGCGUCCAGAGGCUCGUCCUAAUGGCUUGGCUUAGCACUAACAACAUCAAAGUAGUAUAUUUUUAUGAUUCUUCCCUCAUGUAAUAUUAUAGAUUGGUUCAAAGAGUACAGGGAAUGCUUACUGUUCUGUAUUCCCAGAUAUUUACCCUCUCCUCCUUCAAAGAGCAUUCUUCAUUGGGGUAAAAUGAAUACUUCUGAUGUUUUCACUCUAAUAACAUGGCAUUUGGCCACUUCAUAGCUUUACUGGACUUUGAAGAAAGUGUAUGUAUGAAUGAAAAGUUCUCAAAACAAAUAUAGCCCCGAGUCUGGCAAGAAAGCAGAUUUUUCCAAGAGUUAUAGCACAUUGCAAUUUGUUUGGUAAACAAAAACUGGAGGUAAAAAUUUAUAAUAUCUGGGACGUAAGUGAUAGUAUGGUGGGUAGGUAAAUUUCCUUGCACAUUAUCAACACAGUUUUGAUCCCUGGCACUAUAUGCUUCCCUGAGCACAGAGUCAGGAGUAAAUCCCGAGCACUGCCAAAUGUAACCCAAACACACACCAAAAAUUAACUCUCAUAACAUCACCUAAUGCAAUAGAACAAGUUACUCUUACAGUAGAGUAUAUGUCCCUGAGACCAAGAAUUCUGUGUUUACUACAAGUUUUUGCUUUAUCUCCAGUAGAAAAAUUCCUGCACCAAGAAAUACUAGUUAAAUUUUCUCUUGAGUCAAACUUUGUGUAGUGAAUUUUUCCUUUAUAAAGAUGAAUACAAAUAUAAAUAUAUUCUUUGAACCCUCAUACCUAUAUUUAUCUAUCUGAGUAAGAUUGCAGGACAGGUGAGAGGGCAAGAGUUCAUUCCAUGGUAUGACCCAAAAAGCUACUUCCAGCCUUGAAAUAAAAAUUGCCUGAUGUUGUAAAGUAGAACGCUUGGUGGCGCUGCAGACUAAGAGUAAAAACGUCUGCAAUCUCCAUAAAAGCUGAGCAGUUUGGAAACAAAGGAAACAGUUUGCACUACUGGGGGUAGGUUUCAGAGAGGUGACAAUGCUUAUGUUAAUUUAAGAAGGACUAAAAAUCAUUGUGCCAAGACGGGAGAGCUGUCCGCAGAGCAAUUAUUUUGUGAUUAUUUGGAUCUUCUGGAGCUGGAGGAACCAUGACGAUCCUGCUACCCAAAGCACCACAGAAAAGGCAAGUGACCGCCAUUAUUUUUCUGUUAUUUUGGGAGGUGGGUGGUGAGACCCUUAAGUAUUCCAUUCUAGAAGAGGGGGAUGGCGGUUCCUUUGUGGCCAAUUUAGCAAAGGAUUUGGGGAUGGGCUUAAGGGAGCUGACUGCGAGGGGUGCCCGGAUUCUUUCCAAGGGAAAUAAACAGCAUUUGCAGUUUGAGCAGGAAAGUGGGGAUUUGCUCAUCAAAGAAAAACUGGACCGGGAAGAGGUGUGUGGUGACACAGACCCAUGUAUACUGCCUUUCCAAGUGUUACUGGAAAACCCGGUACAAUUUGUUCAAGGUGAAAUAUACCUCCAAGACAUAAAUGAUCAUGCUCCAGAAUUCUUGGAAAAGGAAAUAUUCCUGAAAAUCUCAGAAAGCAGCCAUCUAGGAACUGCAUUUCCUUUAAAAAUAGCUCAAGAUUUAGAUGUGGGUAACAACACAGUUCAGAACUAUACGAUUAGCAGCAACUCCCAUUUCCACCUUUCCACUCAAAGUCACAGAGAUGGCAGGAAAUAUCCAGAACUGGUUCUGGACAAAGUGCUUGACCGUGAGGAGCAGUCAGAGCUCAGGUUGAUCCUCAAAGCAAUGGAUGGUGGGUCACCACCUAGGACAGGGACCACCCAGGUUCUCAUUAUGGUCCUGGACAUAAAUGAUAAUGCGCCUGAAUUUGCUCAGCCUCUCUACCAGGUGCAGGUCCCAGAGAACAGUCCGAUAGGGUCCCUUGUCAUUACUGUCUCUGCAAGGGAUUUAGAUGCUGGGACCCAUGGGGAGCUAUCCUACUCAUUUUUCCAGUCCUCAAAUCAAAUAAUGCAGGCUUUUGAAAUAAACACAGUCAUGGGAGAAAUUCGAUUAAAGAAAAUGUUGGAUUUUGAGGAAAUUCAAUCAUACCAAAUGGAAGUUGAGGCCUCAGAUGGCGGGGGUCUUUCUGGAAAAUGCACGGUUGCCAUAGAAGUGAUGGAUGUAAACGACAAUGCACCAGAACUGACUAUGUCAUUGCUCAACAACAAUAUCCCAGAAAACUCCCAGGACACUGUGGUGGCUAUUUUCGGAAUUUCCGAUCCAGACUCCGGGGACAAUGGGAAAGUGACAUGUUCCAUUCAAGACCAUCUCCCCUUCCUUUUGAAACAUACCAUAGAAAACUUCUACACUUUGGUCACAGAAGGAGCGCUCGACAGAGAGAGCCAGGCGGAGUACAACAUCACCAUCACAGUGACAGACAUGGGCACCCCCAGGCUGCAAACACAGCACACCAUCACAGUGCUGGUGUCAGACGUGAACGACAACGCCCCCGCCUUCAGCCAGCCCUCCUACACCCUGCUGGUGGGCGAGAACAACAGCCCCGCCCUGCACAUUGGCAGCGUGAGCGCCACCGACCCCGAUGAGGGCAGCAACGCCCAGGUCACCUACUCGCUGCUGCCGCCCCAAGACCCGCAGCUGCCGCUCGCCUCGCUGGUGUCCAUCAACGCCGACAACGGGCAGCUGUUCGCGCUGCGCUCGCUGGACUUCGAGGCCGUGCGCGCCUUCGAGUUCGGCGUGGGCGCGUGGGACCGCGGCUCGCCUGCGCUCGGCAGCCAGGCGCGCGUGCGCGUGCUGGUGCUGGACCGCAACGACAACGCGCCCUUCGUGCUGUACCCGCUGCAGAACGCGUCGGCGCCCUGCAGCGAGCUGGUGCCCAGGGCGGCAGAGGCGGGCUACCUGGUGACCAAGGUGGUGGCGGUGGACGGCGACUCGGGCCAGAACGCCUGGCUGUCGUUCCAGCUGCUCAAGGCCACGGAGCCCGGGCUCUUCAGCGUGUGGGCGCACAAUGGCGAGGUGCGCACCGCGCGGCCGCUCAGCGAGCGCGACGCGCCCAAGCACAGGCUGCUGGUGCUGGUCAAGGACAAUGGCGAGCCGCCGCUGUCUGCCAGCGUCACGCUGCACGUGCUGCUGGUGGACGGCUUCUCGCAGCCCUUCCUGCCGCUGCCCGACGCGCCUGCCGACGCGCCUGCGGACGACCGCCUCACCGUCUACCUGGUGGUGGCCUUGGCCUGCGUGUCGUCGCUCUUCCUCUUCUCCGUGCUGGCCUUCGUGGCUGUGCGCCUGUGCAGGCGGCCUGGCCCUCCCGCUGGGGGCCCCUACCCGCUGCCCGACGCGCACUUCCCGGGACACCUGCUGGACGUCAGUGGCACUGGGACCCUGUCGCACAGCUACCAGUAUGAGGUGUGUCUGGCUGGGGGCGCUGGCACCAAUGAGUUCAAGUUCCUCAAGCCCAUUCUGCCCAAUUUUAUGGGUGAAGGGCCUGCUGGGGACAUAGAGGAAAAUUCUAACUUUAGAAACCAAUUUGGGUUCAAUUAGUAAUCUGAUGUGAUAAGUAUUUUCUAAUAUAUGUUUCCAAUCCCUUUAAUGCACAUAAUAAACUUAUUCUCGCAUGUGCUUACUAUCAUAUUGUUAUUUCAACCUGUGGAAGUGUUUUCUAUCUAGAAUAUGUGGGUGGGAUGUUCAUAUUAACCAGCUUCGUUUUUGCAUGUUCUUAGAGUAGAGAAAUGAUAUUUCAAGUUAUGGGCAGUGAGAGUCUUAGCAGGGCCAAAUGUUUUUUCGUGUUUGACAUUGAGUUUGACAUCUGUUAUCUUGUUAGGAUUAAAAGAAUUAUAAUUUUUCAUCCUAUGCAUGGAUCUUAACUACAUCUGGAAGUGAUGACUUUGUGUUUUGUUUUAGGUCCACACACACUAGCUCUGUGUCAGGAAUCAUUCUGGCAGAGCUUUGGGUUGAGGGGACCACAUAUGUGGUGUCCCGGAUAGAACCUAGUUGGCCAUGUAUAAGGCAGACACUUAAUCCCCUGUAUUUUCUCUCUGGCCCCAGCGCAUAAAGCUUGCUACACUGUUAGCUGUUGGAUUUUAUAGUGUUGUUUUGAAAACACUGUUGCCUUUCUCAAAUGAGUCAGAGUUUUAUCUGGAUUUUUUUCUAUAUUGAAUCUUUGAUAUUAUAUAUUCAGACCACCUGUUAUUAUUUUUUGGUUUUGUUUCUUUGAGUGCUUAGGUCCACAGCUGGCAUCUGCUUAGAGGACCUCUUAGUGCUGAAGAUUGAGCCUGGGCUCUUGAAUGCAAAAUUUUGCUCCAGCUCUUUGAGUCAUCUUUCUAGCCUAGUUAUUUUAAAAGGCAAAUUCCUUUAAAAAAGAGUGGAAAAAUAUUGGUGGACAUAUUACUUUUUAAAAAUAUUGAUGACCACCUGAAGUACUCAGUGACACCACUUGGCAGUCAGAUUUGUUAUGCUCUUAACAGCUGAGCCAGAACCCUGGCUUCUAUAACUUUGUCCAUGAUGAAUGGUUUGGCAUGUAAGUAACUAUUUCUGUUUUACUUAAAAAAUAACAUUUUCACACAAUUCAAUCACUGAUAACAAAAAUUAAGCCAUAUAACAUCAAUUCUCAGUCAAAAUUAUCAUUAACAUUAUAAAUUAUUUUCUGCAUGGGUAUUUUAAUGUAAAUUAUUUUGUAAUAAACUUUUAGUAUUACAAUUAAAACUAUCAGAUUCUGCUUGACACAGUAAAACAAAGCAAUUUGAAAUUCGAGUUUGAUAAAUAAUCCCUACAAAUUAAAGAACAAGAUUAUGAUGCAUUUUAAUAUUAGCAUCACUUAACUGUGCUUCUCGCCUCAUCUUUAUAAUUUUUGUUAUAUGAAUUCUUUCAAACUAUUAUAACAUUACAGUUAAUUUACAAAAAUAAUUUCCAUAAUUUUAUAGACAUUUUAUGUUUCUUAAUUUUAAUCUAAAGUUAUACAAUUUUCCCCCCAAAUUAACCAAGCCUGACUUCAGGUAUCAAUUUUUAAAGCUUUUAUUUUUUUUGCAUGCUAUUUACUUCAAUUUUUUAAAAUAUUUUUUCUCAAAUAUCAGGUUUUUUCUCAAAUAUCAGUUUUUUAGGAGACAUAAACUCUCAAGUUUCCUCUACUUCAUCCUUUUUUUUUUUUGCUUUUUGGGUCACAUCUGUCGAUGCAUAGGGGUUACUCCUGGCUUUUGCACUCAGGAAUUACCCCCUGGCGGUACUCAGGGGAUCAUAUGGGAUCCUGGGAAUCCAAACCAGGUUGGCAGCGUGCAAGGCAAAUGCCCUACCCGCUGUGCUAUUGCUCCAGUCCCUUCUUCAUCCUUUAAUAUUUAAAUAAUUGUGUAAACAUUGCUUAUGCCUGAGUCAUCUAUUACAUGGAGUAUCUUUUCUUUAGCUUCAAUAAUUGCCUGCUUUUCUCUUUCCUUUCCUUUCUAUAUGUUUUAAAUUGUCAUAUAUUUGCUAAAGAUAUUCUCUGUAUUAUUAAACUUAUAAAGAAAUUUCUCAGUUCUAUUGGUUUUUCUUGGAGUCAUCCAGAUUCAUACUCAAUUAUUUUUCUUUCUAGAUCUAUUCCACAGGUGGUGAUUGGGGGCUUACAUGACCCUGGGAAUUAAUUUUGUGGAUUUUUUGUCAU